AGUUACCCACUUCAAGCUAAGCAGCAGCCCAGUCAAAUAUUCAUCCUUACUGAUCUUAAGGUGUUCAUCAGACUGUCAUCCAUAUUUCUUUAAAGAUGUCCUACCCAACAAAUCUGUUUAAAAUUGGUGGUAAAGGAGGUUCACCAUUUUCAUUGACUGGUAAGAACAAUGGUUCCAGUUUAGAGAAGAUCGGGGUCUGGGUGGGAGGAUCUCAGGUGAAGGCUGUCAAAGUUUGGCUUUCAGAUGGCAGAAGGGAAACCUUUGGCGAACCAGCUGGACCGUAUCAGGAGUACACAUUCAAAACUGAUGAGUGUUUCACCUCACUGUCCCUCUGGGGGAAUGGAGCAGGAACACGUCUUGGAGCCAUCAAAUUCAAGACCAGUAAAGGAGGAGAAUUUCUUGCAAAAAUGACAAGCUGGGGUUUAAAACAAGAAUAUCCCAUAGAUAUCGGCUCUGGAUAUUGUUUGGGAGUUGUAGGAAGAUCUGGUGCAGAUAUUGACUGCAUGGGAUUCAUGUUUCUCAACGCAGUUCAAUCAACAGUCCUCACUAAUGUCAAAUAUCCCACAAUAAACCAACUGAUACCACAGGUGACCGUAGAAGAGAUCAAAUCAGUCACUUACAGAAAUGACUCCUCUGAAAAACAACAGGAAACGAUUGAAACCUCAAAAAAAGUGAUCAAAACAUCUUCAUGGUCGAUGAGUGUCAGCUUUACGGCAACAUUUAGUGUGGAAGUGAAGGCAGGGAUUCCAGAGGUUGUAGAAGCUUCUACAGGAUACAGUUUCAGUGUUGGAACAGAAAGCACUUACAGCCAUGAGUACACUGAUGAGAGAACCGAAACUCUGACUACCACUGUAGAUGUGCCACCAAGAAAGAAGGUGGAUGUUACCAUCACCAUCGGCAGAGCGACGUCUGACCUGCCUUACAGUGGCACAGUGAUCAUCACUUGCAAAAACGGCAGUGUGUUACAUUAUGAAACCAAGGGCCAAUACAAAGGCAUCACUUACACUGAUAUCAAAGUGAACACUAAAGAAUCUGAUCUUUAAUGUUAAGACAGAUUGUUCUUGGCUGGGCUUGAUCUGAUUUUACCAGCAAUGUAUCACUUUUAAUUGUUUUACUUUAGUUUGCAAGA